UCUUAACUACCUUCCUAAGUCUCAACCCCUUCUCUAAUAAAGCGCAUUAUCAGCCAAGAAGCACCUGCAACAUGCAAUUCUUCCUCCCGGUCCUCGCUCUUCUGAGCACCCUUGCCAGCGCUGCACCAGUCGUCGAAUUGCAAACUAGACAAAGCGGCGCUGGUGGUAUCAUCUUCAAAGAUCAAAACUUCAAGGGCGAAUCUACUUUCAUCCCCGGUAACUCGUAUUGUACCGACGUAAACAACAUCUUCGGCAACUUCGAUGGCAAAGUGCGCAGUAUCAAGUCGCUGCUGGGUUACCAGUGCCAGUGGUACAUCGGCUACGGCUGCCCUGCCAACGGUGUCAAGCUCGACUGUGGCAGCAAGGAUGCGUACGUGAGCAAGGGAGACCUGAGCCCAACCUUCGACAGGAAGAUUCACAGCGUGUUUUGCACACCUAAGAAAUAGUUCUCGUACGGUGUUCAAAAAUGUGCUUUUGAGUACUCCGACGACCGUAAAAAGGGCGUGGCGGCGUCAGGUCUUUGACAUGGAUUGCGACCCUGGCCUAUCGACUCGCACCAGCCUCUGGUCAGUUGUGUCGGUUCUCUUACCCGAUAUAAGAGGUAUGAAAUUUUAAUAGUAAUUUUA